CUUCUCAACCAAUUCUAGUUCAGUGGAAACCUCCAAAAACAUGUUCUAUUCAAACACAUUUUUGGCGCGAAAAGGCCCUCUCUCAACGGUGUGGAUCGCCGCGCACCUCCAGCACCGCCUCAAAAAAUCGCAUUACGCCAUGACCGACAUCCCUUCCACCGUCCUGCGCAUCAUGGACCCUGGUGUUCCCAUCGCGCUCAGAAUGUCGGGGCACCUUCUCCUCGGCGUGGUUCGGAUAUACUCCAAGAAAGUGGAAUACUUUUUCCAAGAUUGCAAAGAAGCCUUGACGGGUCUCCACAAAGCCUUAGAUAAUCUCAAAACUACUCAUCAAGAAGAAGCUAGGCCUGUGCCGUUUAGUAUCAUCACUCUGCCGGAAACCUUUGACCUUGAUGCCCAGAACAUAGACCUCCAAUUAGAUCAUGAUAGGGGUGAGGAUCUUCACUUGAGGAAUCCAGAAGAUAUUACGAUAACAGAUCAAGUUCCUGUCACAGCAGAUUAUUAUGUGACUGUAUCUUUUGAUGAGGAUAUAAUGAUGGAUUCUUCACAUACAGAAGUGCUACCUGAUUCUGGAACUAUACUAACAGAAGUGUCACCUGAUUCUGGAGCUAUACUAACAGAAGUGCUACCUGAUUCUGUAGCUAUACCAAUGGAAAACAUUAUUGCUCAAUCUCCACCAAUGAAUGUCAUGGGUGCUAAAGAUCAUGGUCCAAGUACCCACGAAAAAUCGCCAACUAUCCAGCAUAGUGAUGGGUUGGGACCCAAUGUUCAUAGUGUUCCACACGCAACCCCAGUUGGAUCAGUGGAACGUAUUCGGGGUCCCUACAAUGAUAUUAAUCCAGAAAAAUCUCCAUUAUUUUCAAAUCUUGGGGCUAAUGAUUCUGAAUCAAACAGAAAUCAUGACCAAACUGUGAAUGAAAAUGAUCAUGUUUCUGAAACGUUUUGUGAUUUGGUUCCUGAAGGGAUUCCUGUACCAUCUCAGCUACAUUUUAAUCCACCUACUCCACCAACCUCUCAAGGGGGCACCUCCAAUGCACAAAUUCAUGAUGAGAAUAAUUUCCCCCCUUUUGAGCUUGAUAAAAGUCCACCCAUACAGCAGCCGCAGCGGAGAACAAGAAAAAGAAAACAAUUCUUCGAUGAAUCCAUAGUGUUAACAAAUGGAUUCAUGAGGAAGGCACUUAAUAACCCUCGUAAUAUACUGCGGAAAAGAAAGGAUCUUCCUUCCUCUAGUUUGGGUAGAUGGAAAUUGAACAAUAGUCGAAGAAAAGAACACAUUUUUGACCAGCCCUUGUUAACUGGGGUUUGCAAGGAUCUUAUGGACAUAUCCAAAAGUGAAUAUGUACGUUCAAGACCCCAUUUGGUGAUCUUUGAGGAAGAUCAUGCAGAUGCUAGUAUGGCUGAAAUUCUUUCUCCAACUAACCAACCCCCUGAAGAGCCAAUAGCUGCUACUAUUGAAUCCCUUGAAGAGCCAAUGGCCGCUACUAACCAACCCUUUGAAGGGCUAAUAGCUCCUAUUGACCAAACCUCUGAAGUGCCAAUACCUGAUACAUCUCCUGUUGAUGCAUUUGAUAUGGAAAUUGAGCAGACACUACAUUCAGCAGUGUCACCUAGUGCUUAUGGAUUGGAGACAAUGCAAACACCGGAUUCAGAUGCUUAUCACUCGACCGAUUCUGCUAAAACAGAUGUAAGUUUAAGGUUUUGUUACAAAUGCUUUCAUAUAGUCUCUCUUGAUUAA